AUGGCUGCAGCUCUUAAAAUGGAUAAAGUUGAUCGUCCUCAAUUAGCACAACAUGAUUCGAGUAUUCUUGAUCUCGUAUUUGUUAUGGAUUGUACGGGUUCAAUGGGAUCCUAUAUCGCCAGUGCGACCAGUAAUAUUCGUGAUAUUGUCCAAGAAAUAGUAAUUAGUGAAAAAAGUGACAUUCGCUUAGCACUUGUCGAAUAUCGAGAUCAUCCACCACAAGAUGCUACUUUUGUUACACGUGUACAUGAUUUUACAGCCAGAGUGAAUGAAAUGAAAGGCUGGUUAACUCAAUGUGAAGCACAAGGUGGUGGUGAUGGGCCUGAAGCAGUUGCCGAUGGUCUUCAUGACGUUCUUAAAUUAUCAUGGCGUGAUACAUCUACUAAAAUUUGUGUUCUUAUUUCCGAUGCACCGCCACACGGACUCGAUCCCAACGGUGAUGGCUUUCCAAAUGGUUGCCCACUUGGUCUUGAUCCAAUUAAAAUUGUUCGAGAAAUGGCUGAAAAACACAUAACACUCUAUGUAGUUGGUGUUGAACCACCUAUUGUUCCUUAUCGUGAUUUUUUCAUGUCGUUGGCUUACAUUACCGGUGGACAAUAUGUUCCUAUGGCUACUUCGAAACUUUUAGCUAAAGUUAUUAUUGGUGGAGUACGCGAAGAAAUAUCGCUAGAUCGUUUAAUGCAAGAAGCUCAAGAAGAUAUUGAUAAUGAAAUGGCAAAAGCUGAAGCUGAAGGAGCGUCUGAAAAAGAAAAAGCCAAACGAAUCAAUCGUGUGUUUGCUUCGAAAAACAUGCGAUCAAAACAAAUGCAGAAUGUUUACGGUACUGCAUCAACCGUAGCCACAGAAAGCUUGUCAAAAUGUAUGAAUAUGAGCGAAAUGAAAUUUAAAUUUUCAUCGGAGCGAGCUCCUACUUCGGCUGCUGCUGCUGCUGCUCCUGCUCCUAUGCCAAGCACAUAUGAUCAUUAUGAACUAGUGGAGGAUGAACUUGUCACCGAGGAUCAAGCAGCACGAGUCUAUCAAAAAUGGUCAAAUCGUAAAAAAUAA